CUGAGCUCCGUACCAGUUCCCGGGUAACCCGCUUACCCGGAUUCCUGCCCCCGGAAUAUUUAUUUUGGGUUUAUUCUACUAUUUAAAGGUCCUCUCCAAGAAGAGAAUAUUGCUGCUCUCUUUCUCCAUCUUGAUAUUUUUUUAUUCAGAGUAACUUUGCUUCAAGAGAGUGACAAAAUAUUUUCAGAUUUUUUUUUUUAUUUUGCUCCAAGAAGAUGGAGUGAUCCGGUGCAAUGGUUAAGUUCAGUCUGUGAUUUCUUCUCCCAUUCUUGCUCAUCGCUAAACCGAGCUGAGGAACAGAGCUCAAUAGCAUCAUUAUAAAAGCAAAUCCUCAAGUAAGUUUCAGAUAAACACGCUUAACCUGCAGACAUCGAUACAAAAGAAACUUCGGCUCGCACCUCGCAAGAGAAAUAAAAAGAGAAUAUACAAGGGAAUGUGGUCUUUACUUGGGCUUAAAAGGCAGAGCGCAUAAAGAAGAGUGCAAAGAUGUUUACUUGCAUAAACUGUACAAAAACAUCAGACAGAGACGACGAGGAUGAAGAUGGAGCGCGUGGGAGCACCACUCCCAACACUAAAGAAGCCGUUAAAAGCCUAACUACACAGAUUAAAGAUAUGGCGUCAAAAUUCUCUGGUGCUUCUAAACAAUCCAAGCCACCAUCUGGCUCCUCAAGCAGCAACUUGAGGAGAGAGCUGAGAAAGUAUCCGGAUUUCGACGCUGCAUCAGAUAGUGUUCCAUACCCUUAUAUGGGUGGUGGAAGCACAAGUUCUACUCCUGCUUGGGACUUUACAAGCUCUUCCCAUAAUCAAGGAGGACGGGCAGACUCAAGGUUUACAUCAAUGUAUGGCGGUGAACGCGAAUCCAUAUCUGCUCAGUCUUGUGAUGUGGUGCUAGAAGAUGAUGAGCCGAAGGAGUGGAUGGCUCAAGUAGAGCCUGGUGUUCACAUUACAUUCGUCUCACUUCCCAGUGGAGGAAAUGAUCUUAAACGGAUACGUUUCAGCCGGGAGGUAUUUGACAAGUGGCAGGCUCAGAGGUGGUGGGGUGAGAACUACGACAGAAUAGUUGAGCUUUACAAUGUUCAGAGAUUUAAUCGGCAAGCCCUUCAAACCCCUGGUAGAUCUGAAGAUCAGUCACAGAGAGAUUCAACUUAUACAAGAAUAGAAUCAGCAAGAGAAAGCAGAGACUGGACUCCAAGACACAACUACCGACCUCCAGGAGGAAGCAGCAUCCCACAUCACUUUUACGGACCACCAAUGGACGCAGCAAGAAUCACCACCUCAUCUAGGGACGACCCACCUUCUAUCAGUAACGCUAGUGAAAUGCAAGCAGAGUGGGUCGAAGAAGACGAGCCUGGGGUUCACAUUACCAUCAGACAGUUACCUGAUGGAACCAGAGAGUUACGCCGUGUCAGAUUCAGUCGAGAACGGUUUGGGGAAGUGCAUGCUAAGACAUGGUGGGAGCAGAACAGAGACAGAAUACAAACACAAUACCUCUAG